UAUAGACGCUAGUUAGCAAAAGCUUAUCACCAUCCUUAAACAAAUCUUAUAUUCUUUUCGGGAAACAAGACUAGAUAAGCUCGGUCUAACAUGUCCCUCUGUCCGAGAGAGAUGGUUGAGAUCGAUAGUCCCCGUUGCACUUUGACACUGUAGUUUCUUUGUCGUUUCUCUCAAAAUAAAAUUUGUAUGCAUUCCUCCUCCCAUUGUCACCUUUUACUAUCGCUCUCUGGAAAUGAGCUCACGCUUUGUGGAUUCUUGAUCAUUAAAGAAUGGAUUUUGGGUUGAUGGCGGUGGACAACGGGACGGCGGCGGCCAUCGGACAGCAACCUUCGUACUAUUCUCUUCUUUCUAGCAAUAAGCCCGGUUCCGGCGACCCACCGCCCGGCGACGCCGUGAAGGGCCAUGGAUCUGGGCUUCUCAUCAAGCAAGAAAGAUCCGGGCCGUCGCUAGAAGAAGAAAAUGACCGGAGGCCUUGUAAAGUUCCCACCUUUUUGUCGAGAUCUGCUGCCGGGAAACCACCCACCAUGCUCAGCUUCUCCUCCUCGGAAGAAAUCCCAUUUCUUUCUGGCUCGGGUCAAGAAUCUUCCCCUUCUAAAAGCUUCUGUUACCCGUUUUUCCAGUCCGAGCAGAAACGGGUCGGCCCCCAUCCCGGCGGAGCUUCCGCAUAUGGAGUGAGAGGAUGGAAUGAAAGCUCACGUGGAGGGUAUGCUCGACCAAGUGGUCCAUUCACUCCACCUCAAUGGAUGGAGUUGGAACAUCAGGCCUUGAUCUAUAAGCACUUAGUUGCUAAUGUCCCUAUUCCUACUAGUCUCCUCAUUCCCCUCACUAAAGCUCUCAAUCCCUUUUCUUUUUCUGGCUUAUCUUCUGGUUCUUAUGCCCCCCACUGGGGAUGGGCGGUUGGCUACGGCGUAAACAGUGAUCCAGAGCCAGGGAGGUGCCGUCGGACUGACGGGAAAAAAUGGCGAUGCUCGAGAGAUGCAGUUGCUGAUCAGAAGUACUGUGAGAGGCACAUCAACAGAGGCCGCCAUCGUUCAAGAAAGCCUGUGGAAGGCCAGACCGGCCGUGCUGCUGUUCCUGGUUCCACCACCACUACCACCGCCACCUCUCCUAAGGUGUUGCCACCAGUUACUAGCGCUUCGGUGAUAUCAUCACAUGAUGGCGGCACAACGGAGAGCUUUGGUGCCAUGAAGCACCCCCACUUCAAUUAUAACACCCACUCAGGUUCUCCAAACCCAUCCAGUGACCAUCUCAUGAAUAACAGGAAUAACAGAAUACAACAAAGUUUCCCUAUGAUAUAUCCAAGCAUCAAUUUGAAGCCCCAAGAAUCAACAAUCUCCUCCCUCCAAAAGCAGCAAAAUAAUUACCCUUGCAAAGACUCCUCCCAGUUGGGUUUUGGAAUCCUAUCAUCAGAUUCUUCUGGUCAUGAUUUCAAUGGCCAUGAACAUCAUCCUGUUCACCAUUUCACUGAUGGGUGGAUGACCAAGGAAGAGCCUACGCGCGGUCCCACCUCGUGGCCCAAGCAACUCAAACCAGACUGGACCCGGCUUUCAAUGUCCAUCCCCAUGGCUUCCUCUGAUUUCUCAUCAUCCUCAAGCUCUCCGCGCCAAGAGAAACCACCUACUGAUUCAUCUCUGAGCCUAUCACACGGGGACAUUACGGGUCCGAUUCAAAAGGAGACAUCGAAUUGGAUGCCAGCGGGUUCUUGGGGGAACUCUUCAAUGGGAGGCCCGCUAGGAGAGGUGUUAAACAGUAGCUAUGGUUCAUCACCAACGGGCGUUUUGGGGAAUUCAACCUUUGUCUCACGCUCAAACAGCAGUUCGGGAAGCAGCCCUCCGCCCCCAGGAAGAUACCAAGAAGGUUGAAAGUUAAAUAAUGAUGUGUUUGGUCUAGUUGAAGAGCGGCAAGUUCUCUUGCGAGUCUGUUGUUAACUAGAAAAUGGUUUGUGUUUGUUUCACUAGGUCUGGCUGUUAGUGCAAUUUUUUGUUUUGUUUCUUUUACUAUGAAAUAAUGUUGGAAAUAUUCUACAGGCACGUUUUUGUGAAAUUUCGUAUUUGUUUUGUGGGUUGGUUGUUUGGUUCUUUUCCAAUAAUGCGUACAUUUAUGUUCACGCGAGGGAGAAUGGGUUAUCAACCAGACUAGAAUAUGAAAGUUUGACAGAAGUGCCACUUAUUUUUAUAUGUUUAUAUGUUG